AUGAGUGGGACUAUCAAGUUAGAAAGAACAGAUCGUAGAGAUGUGUUAACCGAUAUCGAAAAGAAGUAUCAAAAGAUUUGGGCAGAUGACAAAAUCUUUGAAAUCGAUGCUCCAACCGUCGAAGAAACUUCAAUUGAAGAUACUGAUGAAUUAAGAGAAAAAUAUCCUAAAUUUUUCAGUACUAUGGCUUACCCUUAUAUGAAUGGGAUUUUACAUGUUGGUCAUAGUUUUACCUUAUCUAAGGUUGAAUUUGCCACUGGGUUCGAAAGAAUGCUUGGUAAAAGAGCUUUAUUUCCUUUAGGUUUCCAUUGUACUGGUAUGCCUAUUAAAUCAGCUGCUGAUAAAAUUGCUAGAGAAAUCGAAAUGUUUGGUGAAGAUUUCUCUGGUUUACCAGCAGAUGAAGAAGAAGAAGUUGAAGAAAAAAACCCAGCUAAAGGUGAAGAUGUUACCAAAUUUAGAGCCAAAAAAUCUAAAGCUGUAGCUAAACAAGGUAGAGGUAAAUAUCAAUUUGAAAUUAUGUUGCAAUUAGGUAUUACUAAAGAAGAAGUAGUUAAAUUUGCUGAUCCACAAUAUUGGUUAGAAUAUUUCCCAGCUUUAACUCAAAAACAUGUUACUGCUUUUGGUGGUAGAGUUGAUUGGAGACGUUCAAUGGUUACAACUGAUGCUAACCCUUAUUAUGAUGCUUUCAUUAGAUGGCAAAUUACCAGAUUGAGAGAAGCUUCUAAGAUUAAGUUUGGUGAAAGAUAUACUAUUUAUUCUGAAAAAGAUGGUCAAGCUUGUUUAGAUCAUGAUAGACAAUCAGGUGAAGGGGUUAAUCCUCAAGAAUAUACUGGUAUUAAAAUUGAAGUUAAUGAAUUUGCUUCUGAAGCUCAAGAAAUCUUCCAACAAAAUGAUUUUGAUGUUUCAGGUAAGAAAAUCUAUUUAGUUGCUGCUACUUUAAGACCAGAAACUAUGUAUGGACAAACAUGUUGUUUUGUUUCACCUAAGAUCAAUUAUGGAAUUUUUGAUGCUGGUAAUAAUGAAUAUUUCAUUUGUACUGAAAGAGCUUUCAAGAAUAUGUCAUAUCAAAAAAUCACCCCAAAGAGAGGUUAUUAUAAACCAGUAGUUGAAAUUAAUGGUAAAGCUUUAGUUGGAUCUAAAAUUACUGCUCCUUUAGCUGUAAAUAAAGAUUUAAGAAUCUUACCUAUGGAAACUGUUUUAGCUACUAAAGGUACCGGUGUUGUUACUUGUGUUCCAUCUGAUUCUCCUGAUGAUUAUAUUACCACUAAAGAUCUUCUUAACAAACCAGAAUAUUAUAAAAUUGAAAAAGAAUGGGUUUGUGAAGAUAUUGUUGCCAUUAUUGAAACUGAAAAAUAUGGUGAUAAAUGUGCGGAAUUCUUAGUUAAACAAUUGAAAAUUCAAUCACCAAAAGAUGCUGUUCAAUUAGCUCAAGCUAAAGAAUUAGCUUAUAAAGAAGGUUAUUAUAAUGGUAAAAUGGCUAUUGGUCAAUAUAAAGGUGAUAAAGUUGAAGUAGCCAAACCAAAAGUUAAACAAGAUUUAAUCGAUGCUAAAUUAGCUUUCGUUUACAAUGAACCUGAAGGAGUAGUUAUUUCAAGAUCUGGUGAUGAUUGUAUUGUAUCAUUAGAAGAUCAAUGGUAUAUCGAUUAUGGUGAAGAUUCUUGGAAAGGUCAAGCAUUAGAAUGUUUAAAAGAUAUGCAAACAUUCUCCAAAGAAACCAGACAUGGAUUUGAAGGGGUUUUAGAUUGGUUAAAAAAUUGGGCCGUUACUAGAAAUUUCGGUUUAGGUACUAAAUUACCAUGGGAUGAAAAAUAUUUAGUUGAAUCAUUAUCUGAUUCAACUAUUUAUAUGGCUUAUUAUACCAUUUCUAGAUUCUUACAUAGUGAUUAUUAUGGUAAAGUUAAAGGGAAAUUCGAUAUUAAACCUGAACAAAUGACUUUUGAAGUAUUUGAUUAUCUUUUCAGUCAACGUAAUGAUAUUAAAACCGAUAUCCCAAUUGAACAAUUAAAAGAAAUGAGAAGAGAAUUUGAAUAUUUCUAUCCAUUAGAUUGUAGAGUUUCAGGUAAAGAUUUGAUUCCAAAUCAUUUAACAUUUUUCAUUUAUACUCAUGUUGCUUUAUUCCCUAAGAAAUUCUGGCCAAAAGGUAUUAGAGCUAAUGGACAUUUAAUGUUAAAUAAUGCUAAGAUGUCCAAAUCUACUGGUAAUUUCUUAACUUUAGAACAAACUAUUGAAAAAUUCGGUGCUGAUGCUUCAAGAAUUGCUUUAGCUGAUGGUGGUGAUACUAUUGAAGAUGCUAAUUUCGAUGAAAGUAAUGCCAAUGCUGCUAUUUUAAGAUUAACCACUUUAAAAGAUUGGUGUGAAGAACAAAUUAAAAACAAAGAUAAUUUAAGAACUGAUGAAGCCACCAAUUUCUUUGAUAUUGCAUUUGAAAAUGAAAUGAAUCAAUUAAUUGAACAAGCUUUUGAACAAUAUUCUGCUACUAACUAUAAAGCAGCAUUAAAAUAUGCUCUUUUUGAUUUCCAAAUUGCUAGAGAUUAUUAUAGAGAAUCCACUUCUAAUACUAUUGGUAUGCAUAAAGAUUUAGUUUUAAGAUAUAUUGAAGUUCAAUCAUUAUUAUUAGCACCAAUUGCUCCUCAUUUCAGUGAAUAUCUUUACCGUGAAGUUUUGAAUAAAUCAGGUUCAAUUCAUAACGCUAAAUUCCCAAGAGCUUCAAAACCUGUUUCUAAAUCAUUAAUUGAUUCUUUAGAUUAUGUUAGAACUUUAGCCAGAUCAAUUAGAGAAACUGAAGCUAGUGGUUUAAAACCUAAGAAGGGUAAAACUGAUAUUGAUAGUUCUAAACCUUGUAAAUUAACUAUUUUCAUCUCAUCUUCAUUCCCUGAAUGGCAAGAUAGUUAUAUUGAUUUAGUUAGAGAAUUAUUUGAAACUCAAAGUUUGAAUGAUAACAAAAUCAUCAAAGAAAAAGUUGGUAAAGAUAUGAAGAGAGCUAUGCCUUUCAUCUCCAACUUAAAACAAAGAUUAUUAAAAGAAGAUGCUGAAACCGUGUUUAACAGAAAAUUAACUUUCAAUGAAAGUGAUUUAGUUAAAUCAGUAUUAUCAAAUAUUGAAAAAUCUUCAGCUACUGUCGAAUUCCAAGAUAUCGAAAUCAUCGAAUUUGCUAAUGGAAGCAGUAAGGGAAAGAAUAUUUUAAGUGGUGAAGAAGUUGAAAUUACCGUUAAGGGUAAAGUUAUUGAUGGAGCAGUUCCAGGAGAACCUGGAAUUUUAAUCAGAAAUGUGUAG